UACGUCGUUAGCAUGAUAGCCUUUACUGACUUUUUCCUGUUGUUCGACCCUUAUCAGAAGGUUUGUCAGAGAAACGAUUACGUUUAUAACGGUUAGAAACGUAUUUUAUCUUUGCAGAUAUGGCGGAUGACGCCCUGUUUGAGUUUCUCCAUAUGGAGAUGGUGUCCCUUGUUUACAAAGACCACGCUUCCAUGAACAAGCAGGACCGGGCGACUUGUGUCUCUACCCUAGAAGGAAUGGGAUUCAGAGUUGGACAAGGCCUGAUAGAGAGGUUCACCAAAGAUUCCCCUAGCUUCAAGGAUGACCUGGACGUGAUGAAGUUCAUCUGUAAAGACUUCUGGAUCAAUGUCUUCAGAAAACAGGUGGACAACCUCAGGACCAACCACCAGGGAACAUAUGUUCUCCAGGACAACAAGUUUGCUCUGCUGACUCAGUUUUCCAGUGGAAAACAGUAUCUUGAGGAUGCUCCCAAGUACCUGGCGUACUCAUGUGGUCUGGUGAGAGGAGCACUGUCUAACCUGGGCAUGGAUAGUGUGGUCACAGCAGAGGUCUCCCUCAUGCCCUCAUGUAAAUUUCAGGUGGUAAUCCAGAAAAUCUGACCCUGUCUGGACCCAGGAUAACCUAUUCUGGACCUGGUCAGGCAUUCUCCCAAAACUUGACAAAGAAGAACAACUUCAUAAUGUGAAUGUUAACCUGUAGCCUGUUGAGGGUUACGCACACUUAGAAAGAUAAACACACACACACAUCCAGAAGGGUUUACUACAUGUUAUUUUUGUACACAGAUGUUUAUUUAUUGUCCUUACUUUGUCAACGAUCGAUUAUAAAGCGAUAUUUACGGUUAACUUUUCUUUAAUAGAAUUCCUAAAGCAGCCAGUAGAUAGUCUUUAUAGUUUUUCAUCCACAAAUCACUGCCAUCUCCUGUCUUAAUUUCCGAUUUGUAAUUAUUAUUUGUGUUAAAACAAUUUUCAUUGUCUCUCUCCAUCCAUUAAGUUAUGAGUUUACAAUUUCCCUUCCUAAAAUGUUUACUUUUAAUAAUGUGUCUUUGUGUUCUCCGUUGUUCUCCCCUGUAGAUGUAGUUCCCUUUCUUACCACUAGAGGUCAGCCUCUGCUAGAUUUACUCUGCAGUCUGCCUUGAGAGUGUGUGGUAGGAGCCAGUAAUAUAUUCAUGCAAGAAUAUAUUUUACAUGAACAAAGCAAUCAAUCUGCGUUAGUACGCAUCAAAAGCAAUAGCCCGACAUCAUAGACCAGGUUCACCAUAUUGUACAGAUUUUUAGCAGCGGUUAACUCAAGGUCUGGAAAGUGGAUGAUAUUGAUGGAUAAAACACAAUCCUCAGUCAGAAUUUGGAUGACCAGCGACCGUGAAAAAAUAGUUCUCCCUCGGGAACGCUUUAAAAUUGAACCAGAUGUCACUAAUAGAUGGUUCUAUACAUCACAGUGCGAGAGUCGAGGGACAUGACUGAUAGAGUAUCUGGAGUUUAUUUUGGUAUGCUGAUGGAGUCAAGUACAGAUUCAUGACCGCGUCUGUAAACCUGUCAGUUUGAGCCUCUGCUUGCUUCUAUCACACGUUCCCUCGUGUUCUCUAGACCUCGCUACUCACAGAUGUGUGCAGAGGGAGUGUGUGUGUGUGUGUCUCAGACAGUCUGUAGAGGGAGUGUGUGUGUGUGUCUCAGACAGUCUGUAGAGGGAGUGUGUGUGUGUGUGUCUCAGACAGUCUGUAGAGGGAGUGUGUGUGUGUGUGGCUAACAGUGUGUAGAGGGAGAGGGGUGUGUAUGUUUGCAAGUAAAAGGGAAAAGAAAUCUGUCCCAGAAAUGUCUUGCCUUGAAAUAUAGGCCUCUUGCUGAACCGACGUGUGACUUGGAACCCUCUACAAAAGUUUGAUGGUUUUCUGUUCUGCAGCUUUGCCCUGGAUCUUUGAGCUUGAAUUCAGAGCAGGUUAGUUUAAAACGACCUCCCCUUCGACUUUCAAGCGAAGGCAUUCAGAGGAAGGAUGUCAAUUCUGUUACUCUCACAUCUCCUGAGAGUUUAUUGUGAAUCUGAAUCUCCCAACUCUUACCUACUUAUAAAAUUGAUCUUCCAAGCAUUGCCAACAAGGUCCACAACCCAGCUGGACGGUUUCUACCUUCCAGAGGACAGAAGCCAGCGCUGGUGUCCUGCAGCAGGGCUGCACAAUGGAGACCAGAGUGGAGCACAGGGGCCUGGGGGGAGCCUUUCACCAGCUCUCUUUGUGGAGAACUUUCAAACGCUCCUUCUCUCAAUCUGGGACCAGGCUGCGUUAUUGUAAACAUCCUCCACUGCUCGCUCGCUCUUUCGUUCUUUCUUUUUUCUUUUCCCUCUCAUUCAUUUCUCUGUGUUGAGAAGCAGGACUGUGAGGUGCUUUUAUGGAGGCUCUCCCAAACACCACCAUCUGUGCUGUGGAGAUUUCCUUCCUCAAUGUGGUGCCCUCGCCUGCCCGCCCGCCCUCUUUCUCUCACUCUUUCCCUCCCUCCGUUGUUAAUCUCCUUUCUAUGUCUGUUACGUUUCCAUCAUUAUCGUCAUGCUGUUAGUUCCCUUUUCAGUAAAGCGUGUAAAAACUACUAUGCAAGUUUUGUAACCAAAUAAGUCCUAAUUUUGUAGUCAAAUCACAUGUACAGCAUCGGUGUCACCGCAAAUAUAAAAGGAAUGCUUUUCUGAAUCACAUUUUCUUUACCUUUUAUUUGAGAUCACUCACAAAAGUCUUCAUGAUAUUGUUUCCAUUCAAUGGAUCUUUGACAAGUUGUACAGCAUUACAAAUAAAGCAGUGUGUA